UAUUGCUCGUGCACUAUGUGCAUCCGCUGCAAUUAUCAUUUUUAAUUUAAUUACAAUAAUAAUAUCGUCUAAUUAAUAUUCGCACAUUCAAGUUCCGCGGUAGGCAUAGUGCCAGUUGUUCGUACCAACCUGUUGAUAUGAAUUAGUGCAUUUACAGAUAUACCGCCAUUACCUGACUAUAUUUUGAUUACAACAUGAAACUAAUACUUCGAACCGUUGUAGUCGACCGCUACAUUUUCCUUCGAAACAAAAGGAAAUGGAAUGUAAUAUCGAUAUCCCUGUUUAUAUUGAGCUAUGUCAUGUACCUCAAAUAUACUUUUGGGCCGGGCUUUUCCCUGACUAAAUGGGAUUGGAAAGAUGAUAUAUCCUGCUAUUUAAACAAGGACGACGCUUUGCCUUCAAUAACUUCCGUUGCCCCGACAGCGCGAUCCAUAUUUUUCAGCGAGGCCUCCUGCAACAUCAAUGUAUGGGAGCCAAAGGAUGCUUGUGCCGUGGAAUCGGCAGCCAGAACUCAUCCAAAUUGGAGCGUUUAUGUUCUUUUUACCAAUCCUCUUAAGAAGGAAGAAUUGGAAAACAACAAGAUAAUGCGGGUACUUCAGAAAGUGCCUAACGUAAAGUUAGCCAGAGUUAAUAUAGAGGAGUACUCUAUGGGCACACCUGUUGAAGGUUUUGUAUCCGGUGGAGGUUUGAAUGAUACGGAAUGCCCCAUAAUGUUAACAGAGGGUUUGGUGAAAUAUCUAACAUUGUACAAAUGGGGAGGGGUGUUUAUGGAAAAAGACUUAAUUGUCACAAAGUCUUUUACUCCCUUGGCCAGGAAUUGGGUGUCAAAGCAGAACGGGGACUCAAUUGGAUCUGGGAUAUUGGCAUUUUCAAAGGACGAGGUGGGAAAAAAUGUCGCAGAAACAGCUUUGCGAGAUCUAAUAAAGAACAACAAAAAUUUUGACUGCACCAACGGCGAGAAUGUAAUGUCUAAAAUUGUGGAACAAGAAUGCUCAACGCCAGAUCCUGUCUCAAAAUCUGCAGCUAAUUGCAAUGGUUUUGAAAUUUACGGUUCCCAGUUUUUCUACCCAAUAGACGCGAAACACGUCGGAGAUUAUUUUGAAGCGGGCGAGCUGCCGGGGUACGAUACAGCGUAUACUUACUAUCUAUGGAGCCGUCUGACAUGUGGCGCUGGAUUUAGGAAAUUCUACGGUUCCAGAAUUGGCAAGCUAGCAAAGAAACACUGCCCUGCCACUUACUCUGCGUUCUCUAUGAAGUUUUAAGGAAAUAUUAGAUUUCUCCGGACCUCAACGUUAUUGUAAUAAGCAAAGAAUCUAUCGGCGUAGCGCUGAACACCGUUUGGUGUAUAUUUUGGUUGUAUUAUGUGUAAGGUACUUACCUAGGAUUACAUUAAGGUUUAAUCUAUAUUAUGUAUACAAAUAAGUUUAAGAUUAUAAGUGCAAAUUUAGCUUUGUAACAACGGAAACAUACUAGAAAAUAAAAAAGGUAUUUAAGCUGAAUAAAAAUAAUGAUUGCGUACUUAAUGGCAUUGCCUUCCGUUGCAAUUAAUGAGUAUGUGUUGUUUCGUGCCGAUACCUGAUACCUGUUUGGAAACUUUCUGGCACAAUGGUGUACUUAUGUACAUUUUAUAAGUAAAUGUAUGAUUAUAAGUGUAAUUCCGCUGUUUGAUAUUGUAUUAAUACAAUUAAAUUUUAAUUAUAUUAACGCCUCCUUUGAACUUAACACAAGAGCGUGCGUGCGUACACAAGCGUCAAACCUAGAAGGUUUGUUGAUGAUUAUGAUGAUUGAAGCAAAAAAAAAAACAGCUUAAAUAUAU